GCGCGCCGCCGCCCGAGGAGCCGGCGGCCGCCGCGUUCGACGCGGCGCCCGAGACGGACGGGUGGGGCGACGCCGGCGCCGAGUUCGACGAUCCCCUGCCCGAGGAACCUCCCGCGGCCGCGUCGGCGUUCGGCGCGCCGCCGCCUCCGGAGCCGCCCGCGUUCGCGCCCGAGGAGCACGCGGCCGCGGACGGCUGGGGCGGCGCCGACCUCGGCGACGAGCCGGCCGCGGACGCUCCCCCGGACGCGCCCCCGUCGGCCGCGGCGCUAUUCGGAGCCGCCGGCCGCCAUGUUCGGCGCGCCGCCGGAGGAGCCGCCCGCGGCGGCGUCCAUGUUCGGCGCCGCGCCGGAGGAGGCUCCCGCGGCCGCUUCCAUGUUCGGCGCGCCGCCGGAGGAGGCCCCCGCGGCCGCUUCCAUGUUCGCCGCACCGGAGGACUCGCCCGCGGCCGCGUCCAUGUUCGGGGCCGCGCCGGAGGAGCAGCCCGAGACGGACG